AGUCACGUGAAAAAAGGAGAAUGAUUGUUGUAGACCGAUGAUCGAAUUUCAGAAAUUGCUGUUAUCCUAAAGAUCAUACAAGUCAGCUGAUAAGAUAAGUUCAACAAAACUUAUGACAGUAUCACGUGACUCGGAAGAAUUAUUAUAUAGGGUGAAAAAUUAAAACCUUGAAUACAUUUUUUUUAUAAACAGGGAAGUAGAAAGACGUUUUAAUUACGUAACGAACAAUUUCUGAAAGUGUUGAAAUAGUUGAAUUGAAAAUGAACACUUUCGUUAAAUCAGCAGCCCUAUUGUUGCUUGCUACAGUGGGAGUAUUAGAAGCUGCCGUGGCUCAAGAUGAAAUAAAUAAUAUGCCAGGUUUAGCUAAACAACCUAAUUUUAAACAAUAUUCGGGUUAUUUGAAGGCAUCAGGAACAAAGAAAUUACACUAUUGGUUUGUGGAAUCUGCUGGAAAUCCUGCCAAAGACCCUCUUGUUUUAUGGAUGAAUGGUGGUCCAGGUUGUAGUUCUGUUCUGGGAUUAUUGACCGAGCAUGGACCAUUUAGAAUAAACCCUGAUGGAAAGACCGUGGUUUAUAACCCAUACAGUUGGAAUCUCUUAGCUAAUAUGUUGUAUCUUGAAGCACCUGCUGGUGUAGGUUUCUCCUAUUCGGAUGAUAAAAAUUACACAACAAAUGAUGAUGAAGUUGCUCAAAAUAAUUUCCUCGCUUUGAAAGACUUCUUUUCCAAAUAUCCAGAAUAUUCCAAAAAUGAGUUUUACGUAACUGGUGAAAGUUAUGGCGGUGUGUACGUACCAACACUAAGUGCUUUGGUUGUUGAUGAUAAAGAGAUAAAUUUCCAGGGAAUGGCAAUCGGAAAUGGUUUGUCAAGUUAUGAUCUCAAUGACAAUUCGUUAAUUUAUUUUGCAUAUUAUCAUGGUUUAGUUGGUGAAGAGAUUUGGGACUCUCUUGUCCAGAAUUGCUGUAAUGGGAAUACAAGCGGCCAUUGUAUGUUCACAAAAGCCGUGAGUAACCAGAAAUGUAAGGAAGCCGUCACCACAGCCAGUCAGAUUGUCUAUUCCAGUGGACUCAAUAUUUAUAAUUUGUACGGAGAAUGUGCUGGAGGAGUCCAAAAAACAAGUGUCCGCUUCGACACUCAACGGAACAAGGUCGUUUCCAAUAAUUUUGGCUGGUUGUUGUCCAACACCGAUUACAUCAAAAAGGAAUUUGAACUUUUGAAAACUCUUGCACCAGGAGGUUUGUCUUUAGAUCCACCUUGCAUUAAUGCCACCAACGUUGCUAAUUAUUUAAAUUCUCCGGAAGGUCGACAAGCUCUUCAUAUACCAGAGCAAGUUCAACCUUGGUCAAGCUGCAGUGGUGAGGUUGGUGCCGGCUAUGUUCGAACUUACAUGGAAAUGUCUGCUCAAUACAAGAAAAUUCUGGCUGCCAAGAAACGAGUUUUAGUCUACAAUGGUGACGUUGAUAUGGCUUGUAAUUUUCUCGGUGAUGAAUGGUUCAUUGAAGAUCUUGAUCUCGAUGUCGUCGCUGAAAGAAUGGAAUGGUUCUAUAUGGCUGCCGACGGAACAAAACAAGUCGCAGGAUUUGUCAAACAAUUUGAAGAUUUGGAUUUAGUGACUGUUCGAGGUGCAGGACACAUGGUACCCACAGAUAAACCAAUCGUGGCUCUUAGAAUGUUUUCAAAUUAUCUAACAAUUAGAAAAUAAUUAGUGCAAGUAAGAUAAAGAGCUGGUUGUUUUGCUAUAAUAGUUCAAAAAUAGAUAAUGCAUACAGUAAACUUCGCAUAAGUUGGAUCCAAGUGGACUGACCAAUUUCAUUCGAGUUAAGAGACGAUCCGAGUUAGCCGAAUCCGAAAUUCAAUCUUAGCUUGAUGACAAAUAAACUGCAAGAGCCGGGUGGAUAAUAAUUGAUUCAAAGGCACAUUUCAAGCUUUUAUUCGUAUUGUGCUGAUCCGACUUAGGCGAAGGAAAAAAGACGGAAUUAAAUCAAACGGACCAAACAUUUUGAUCCGAGUUGAACAAUGAUCCGACUUUGGAAAUCCGACUUACGCCCAGAAAUUUAAUAAGAAAAACGUGCAGGGUCAAAGGGUCCAAACGAUUUUAUCCGAGUUGAGCGAAGAUCCGACUUAUACGAUUCCAACUUACGUGAAGUUUACUGUAUAUCAGAAAUUUGUAUUUUUCUUCGUAAUGCACAGUAAGAUUUUUAGAAUAGAACUAACACAAGUUCCAGUUUGUAGUGUACACCCCAUUUAAAAUUAAUCAAAAUUAACAAUUUACAGUCUAUAUACUGUAAUAUAUUAGUAAAAAUAGUCAUGUAAAGUGAUUCUCCACAAAGAAUUGCAUUUUACGAUUGACACACAGCAUUUAAAAGUUUAUUGUAUCUAAUGUAAAUUCAUAAAAUUAUAUAUUAUUAUUAGAAAUUUUUUUUUUUUAAAUUAGUCAUUCCAGUGUCAUUUUUUUGGGGGUUGGAUGGCUGAGUGGUUAGCACGCGCGCGCUGUAUCAUUAAGUCUGUCAUUGAGUCAACUGGCGGGGUUUCGAUUCCCCGGUUGUACGUGACAAGGAGUAGGGUCGCCUGUCCAACCUCAUGGGUUUUCUCUGGGUCCUCCGGUUUUCUCCCACUGCUAAAGACCCCUAUGCGCAAGCGAAUUAUUGAAAUAAAAUUAAACCAUAUGUUAGUCCCGAAAUGACCUAGUUUGUGUGGAGUGGACUUAAACCCCAUUUCUCUCUCUCUCUCUCUCUUUCUCUCUCUCUCUCCAGUGUCAUGUUAUAGUCUUUAGUCUGUUCAUUAUGCCACAUUCAUUUGUUUGGCCAUAUUCUGGUUUCAGCUUGCCAAAAAAAUUAACAUUUAUCCUGUAAUACUAAGCUAGUCGGCAUAAAACCUUUUUUCCAUGCUUACAUGGAAACGGCCCAAAUGCAAUUUGAAAUUGAAUUGAACGGAAAUGAUUGAAUGUAAAUCAUACAUUCAUAUUACAUUGCCCUUCGAUUGAGACUUCUGGCAUAUUUCGUUGAAUGUAAAUCAGUUUAUAUAUAUUCAUAUUACAUUAUUAUAUGCGCUGCGACCCAUUUGUGUCAAUUUCUAGGUCCCAAAUAUUAGCGAUUUAACUUCUUUAAAGACACAACUUUUCAUUUCCCAGAGAUUUGGUACUUAAUAAAUUUUAUUUUGUUUUGCAUACAGUAGUUUAUAUAUUUGAAUUUUUGGACAUAUAAUAUUUAUGUAUUUUGUAUAUCAUCAUCAUGUCAUUCCAUUUGACUUUCUUACGUAGUUUUUUUUUUUUGUGUAGAUGCUACUUGUUGAAAUUGAAAUAAAAUGAUUUUUUUGAUAA